AUGGAUCUCGUUGUGGUUUUGGUGUGUGUCUCCUCCCUGCUUCUCCUUUCACUCUGGAAACAGAGCCAUGGGAAAGGGAAGCUCCCACCUGGCCCCACUCCUCUCCCAAUCAUUGGAAAUAGCCUACAGAUCAAUUUUAAGAAUAUCAGCAAAUCUUUAAGUGAUUUCUCAGAAACCUAUGGCCCUGUGUUCACUAUAUAUUUUGGCAUGAAACCCAGAGUGGUUUUGCAUGGCUAUGAAGCAGUGAAAGAAGCUUUGUUGGAUCAAGGAGAGGACUUUUCUGGAAGAGGCCAUUUCCCAGUGGCUGAAAGAACUAAUAAAAACGGUGGAAUCGUUUUCAGCAAUGGAAAGACAUGGAAAAACAUCAGACGCUUCUCUCUCAUGACUCUGCGGAAUUUCGGAAUGGGCAAGAGAAGCAUUGAGGAACGUGUUCAACAGGAAGCCCGAACUCUCGUUGAGGAACUGAGAAAAACCAAUGACAUGAUGAAAGAAAAGCACAAUAAACAGACUGAAUUUACUACUGAAACCUUGGUAGCCACUGUAAAUGACCUGUUUGGAGCUGGGACAGAGACAACAAGCACCACCCUGAGAUAUGGACUCCUACUUCUGCUGAAGCACCCUGAGGUCAGAGAUAAAGUCCAGAAAGAGAUUCACCAAGUGAUUGGCAGCCACCGAGUCCCCUGCAUGCAAGAUAGGGGCAAUAUGCCUUACACAGAUGCUGUGGUGCAUGAGAUCCAGAGAUACAUUAACCUCCUCCCAAGCAACAUGCUUCAUUCAGUGACUCGUGAUGUUAACUUCAGAAAUUACCUCAUUCCCAAGGGUACGACCAUAUUAAUUUCACUGACUUCUGUGCUUCACAACGAAAAAGAAUUUCCUAAUCCAAAGACGUUUGACCCUGGCCACUUUCUGGACAAAAGUGGCAACUUUAAGAAGAGUGAUUACUUCAUGGCUUUCUCAGCAGGAAAACGUAGUUGUUUGGGAGAGGGAGUGGCCCGCAUGGAGCUGUUUUUAUUUCUGACCAGCAUUUUACAGAAAUUUACCUUGAAGCCUCUGGUUGACCCUAAGGACAUUGAUGUCACUGCAGUUAAAAAUGGACUUAUAUCUGUGCCACCACCCUACCAGCUCUGCUUCAUUCCUGUUUGA